UACACAACAAGACCCUGUCUUUGAGUUAAAAUAAGUAAACAAAUAAAUAAGUAAACAGGGAAGGAAGACAGGGACACCUGAGACAAGGGCCCAAGAGAAAUCCUUAGUCUUAGAGCAGAGCAUUUGAAACCGCCUCUGAGAUGAGGGAAAUUGAUGGUUGGGUACCUGGAGAAGUGAGGCCACCCACCCGGGCAUUCUGAAACUUUCCAGUGUAAACUAGGUCCUCUUCCCCACUAAGUGACUCCUUGUCCCCAUGAGUCUUCUGCUAACUGCUGUAUUCCCCAUACCUAGUAGUCCUGGGCACCAACCAGUAUGACCCCAGAAUAUUUGUUGAGUAAAUGAAUGAGUGUGGAGUCCUCCUGCCUGCCAUCAAGGACAGCCCAGCAUCUGUGCCACCAGGGGCUCAGGGAUGGGGGAAGAACGGGCAGACAGAAGGUGAAGACAGACCAGCACCCAGGGAGUGUGGUGAUAUAGCUUCUGGUGCAGGCAAUUGUGAAGUGCAGGGAGACCCUGGGGCUGGCAGGGUACAAGACCAGUAGGGAAACUGAGGCAGUCUCCUGUUAGGCCUACUGUUUGCCACCCCCCAUGCUGCAGUCAGUGGGAGUAGCCACCCCAACCCUAACUCCAGCUCUGACAUCAGCCCCACGCCCCAAAUACUUUCCUCCCGCCGUGGCUGCAUGUCCCAAAGCCCAGGGAGUGCCCAGGGCAGACAGGACUGCCACUGGGCUGGUCAUCAGCCACCUUCCCAGAACCAGCUUGCACCCCACCCACCCAGCCUACUGCUGGGUUCACUUCCUGGGAGGAGUGCGGUAAGGGGCAAUGGUCAGCCCAGGUCCCAAGUCUCCCUGCCCUGCUCCUCACUGUUCCCCUGACCUUGCCCUCCUAUCAGGGUGUAAGUUCUGAAUGACUCUAGAUCACGGAAGCCGUGUACACAGUCAGUUCUCAAUAAAUGUUAUGUGAACAAAUUAAUAAACGAAGCAGGCAGUGUCUCUUGGGUAGACCUGGCCAGCUCAUGUGGGGCCUGUGGUCAGCUGAGAGGUGUCUGGGCCUGCUAGGGUGUAUCUGUGGUCAGCUCAUGGUGGGGAACUCCAGGCCACAAGCCCCUGGAUGGGGCAGGAGUGUUGGGGUAAGGGGUCUGGCCUGUGGGGUUCAGGACCAGGUCAUAGAGUUGGGGUUCAGGAAGCCUCCUUCCUGCUGGAGCAGAACUGGGUGGAGCAGGCCAACAGGUCGGGUGGCAUACCCCAGCCAACACUCACCUCCAACAUAAAACGCCACUUCAUGGAGCCCAGUGCCUUACAAGGGCCAGGAGCUCCCUCCACCACCAACAACCCUGGCCCAGCUUUGCCAGCCUGAGGACAUGAGGCGAUACCUGGCCCCCACACCCCUCUUGCUGCUCCUGCUCUUCCUACUGCUGAGGCUUGGGACUCAAGCGGCCAAGGCACCAGCAGUCUGCGGGCACCGGAGGAUGCUGAACCGGAUGGUGGGCGGGCAGGAUGCCAUGGAGGGCGAAUGGCCCUGGCAAGUUAGUAUCCAGCGCAAUGGAAGCCACUCCUGUGGGGGCAGCCUCAUCACAAAAAAGUGGGUGCUCACCGCAGCGCACUGCUUCUCCAACACCUCUGACACUUCCCUGUACCGGGUGCUGCUGGGGGCACGGCAACUGCUGCAGCCAGGGGCACAUUCCAUCUAUGCCCGUGUGAAACAAGUGGAGAGCAACCCCCUGUACCAGGGCAUGGCCUCCAGUGCAGAUGUGGCCCUGGUAGAGCUGGAGACACCGGUGACCUUCACCAACUACAUCCUCCCUGUGUGCAUGCCUGACCCUUCAGUCAUUUUUGGGAAGGACAUGAACUGUUGGGUUACUGGCUGGGGCAGCCCCAGUGAGCAAGACCGCCUGCCCAACCCUCGGAUCCUGCAGAAACUUGCUGUCCCCAUCAUUGACACACCCAAGUGCAACCUACUCUACAGCACAGAUACAGAGUCCGGCUUCCAGCCCAAAGCUAUCAAGGAUGACAUGCUUUGUGCAGGCUUUGCUGAGGGCAAGAAGGACGCCUGCAAGGGUGACUCCGGGGGCCCCCUGGUGUGCUUCGUGAACCAGGCAUGGAUGCAAGCUGGUGUCAUCAGCUGGGGUGAGGGCUGUGCCCGCCGGAACCGCCCUGGUGUCUAUAUCCGGGUCACGUCACACCAUGAUUGGAUCCACCGUAUCAUCCCUGAGCUGAAGUUCCAGUCAGGCAGGAAGAGGUGGCCGCUAGUCAGACCCCUGUGACCAUCAGCACCUUAGUGGGAGUUUAGCACCAUGCCUGGCUGUCCAUGUGGCUCUGCUGGCCCUUGGGGUGCUGCUUGCUGUCCUCUAAGUCCACCCCACCGGUCCACAUGCUGCCCAUGGUGUACAUGUGUAAAUAGCUCUCUAUCUUCUAUCUCAAAUGCCCAAAUAUUUUUAUUUAUGUUUCCUUUCAAUAAAAUCAGUGCCAAACUGUCCAGGUCAAAAAUCCUUAAAGAGUAUGGGGCGGGGGGAGUUGAUACAUGGAGAAGACUCAGAGGACUUAGCUCCUGAUGGGAUAGGACACUGCAGGCACACCGCCUAGGAUGUCCCUGGGUCCCUAUAACACCUUCCCAGACUUCCUCACAGGAGACUACCCUGACGCCACUUUAUGCCUCAAGUUUUCCUACUUGAUCCUCUGCUAAGGGCUGUCCUGGCCAGCACUGUGGACAGGGACAGACACUGGCAGAAAGUUGAUCAAAGAUAGCCAGUGCCACUGCAGGAGCUAUGCCAGGAUAAGGGAAUAGGAGGGCACUCAGGAAGGGGAGGAGAGAGGUGUCCUAAGGGAACCAUGGCCUCCACCCCCUAGUCUUCCUCCAGAAUCCGCCCACCAGCCUUCUCUAAAUAAUGCCAUGUCACCCUGGGGCAUACUUCCAGGCUGUUUUCUGCCCCUCCACUCCACUGUUCAGUCUUCCUCCAGGACCAGCCCAGGCCUGUUUUCUGUUCUCCCCUUGACCCCAGGGUCCCUAUAGUCCCAUCCCUUAGCCCUGAUCUCCCCACUCAAAGUCUGAAGCUACCAGGAGGGGUAGACAUGUACACCUGUGCACAGCCACAGCCAUACCACACACUCGUGUGCACACAACGGCACUGCCUACCUCCCUAGAGCUGAGAAGCAGGCACUGUUAUAUAUGAAUCUGAUGACCACUUAGCAAGCACCUGCUCUGGUCCAGCCUGGGACAAAACAUCAGAAAUCUCCCUGGGCUCCACUUUGCCUGAGCUCAGCUGCCACUGCCUACUAGGCACUUGGUGACAUCAGUGGAUGGGCCAUAUGCUGAGUUCUUGCUCCAGACCAGGUUGGGUCUCUGGUCAGGAGGGAUUACUCAUCUGUCCUAUAAGAGGCAGGUAACCUAGCACCCAGACAACAGGGCAGGGCAGGCUGUGGGGUCCCCGAGACAGGCCCAGAUGACUGGGCACUGCUGUGGGAUGUGUGUGGAGUCCUGGCCCGGGUAGGGUGAAGGAGGUUAGAGGAGGCAGAGUCACACAACCUACCUGCACCCCUGUGAUCUGCUGGCUAACCCCAGGGAAGGGAUUCCACAGGCAGCUGUCCACAGGAGGCAGCGAAAACUCUCCACAGAACCAGGAGUUGAAAAGGAAACAAGUUUAUUCCAUGCAAUUCACAGCUUAUACCAAGCUCAGUAUUGUGAGAAGAUUGUAGAAGAGAAACACCCAGGUUGCCGCAGGCUCCCUUCUGCACCCUGGGGUCAGGGCACAACUCAGAUAUAACUCUCCACACGUCUGCCAAGCAGUUACCAGUGAUCUGCCAUCAGAGCUGCCAGCUGUAGGAAGAACACUGAAGGGAGCUGCUGGCAUAGGCCACGGCAGCCAGGGGUGGUCCUUCCUCCAGGCAGGACCACUGUGGAAGGCCACCUCAACCAGCCUCAGUGGGAGCACGUGAUACCAGAACAGCCACACGUGUGCUGUCCCACAUCCAUGAACGCACAUACACAAGCACACGUCACACACACACACAACUGCAUAGGCACCACAAUUAGCCUAUGAAGCCACAGGAAGAAAAAUGGCCAUCGUGGGCCCCUGCUGGCCUCAAGACCCCAGGUGAGAGUCAGCCCCAGGCCCAGUAGCAUGUGUGGGGACAGAUGAUCUGAGAGCAAAAUGACCCUGCCAGACGUAACCUUUGAUGCUCCAAAGGUGGGCAGGUAAGAGGUGCGGAAGGCAAAAGCCAAGGGAAAACCCCCAAUGCCAGGAAUCCCACACCUGCCCCCAGGUGGCAGCACUGGGGCUUUUAUCCCCAUGGCAGGCUUCGGGUACUAGCCAACUAGAGGUGUGGUUCUUGUCCCAUGCAGUCCUGGAAGGCUCUAGGAAUGAACCAGAAGGCCAGCCACCAAGGAUCCACACAUCCCAACCCUGCCUCUCCUGUCUCUCUGCUGGAUUUUAUUGAGACAGGGUCUCACUAUGUAGUUAGGUCAGCCUUGAACUCACCAUGU